AUGUACAGCAUUUUCGUCUUCAAGGCAAUUGUGUGUGAUGUAUUCCGCCGGCUCUCCACGAUCGCCCUCGGGGCUGGCAGGGCAGCCCGGCCCCUCGGCUUGGUGCAGGCCCCGCCCCUUCCCAUCUGCGGGGCGGCCGGAGGGCCCCCCCCCAGCAAGAUGGCGGUGAACCAGAGCCACACGGAAAACCGCCGCAAGGCUUACAUCCCUUACUGCGAAAGGGGCUUUCGCGCCUUUUCCGACGCUUCACGCUUAGCGCCGCCUCCGACGUUCGUGCGCGUGCGCGUCCUCACGUCCUCGCGCCUGCUCCGCGAGGUGGCGGUGGCGCAAGCGGAAGCUGUCUUGAAUCAGUGUAGUGAUGUGGAGCUCUCCUUCCCAGAGCAACCACCAGGAUCCAAUUUCUUUCAUGGUACAAAGAGGGGAACGUUGCUUCUCACUUCAUACCGGGUGAUCUUCGUGACGUUACACUCAGUCAGUGAUCCCAUGCUUUCUUUUAUGAUGCCAUUUGAUCUGAUGAGCAACUGCACCCUCGAACAGCCAGUCUUUGCCCCCAUCUACAUUCAAGGAACCAUUCAGGCAGCUCCAGAUGGUGGCUGGGAAGGACAGGCUACUUUUAAAUUAUCCUUCAGAAAAGGAGGUGCCAUCAAAUUUUCCGAGUUGAUGAUGAAAGCUGCCUCUGCUGCUGCCAAAGGAACUCCGCUUCAAAGUAUAACUUACUGGUUUGGUGCUCCAGGACAGUUUAUCGUUAGUGGGCAGGGGAACAUGAUGUGCAACCAACAGACAUCUUGUCCAGUUGUUGUCUAUGGGCCCCAACCUGUGAGAUACGGACCCCCACCAGCGGGAUACGGACCCCCACCUCCGGGAUAUGAAGCCCCACCAGCAGGGUACGGACCCCCACCUCCGGGAUAUGAAGCCCCACCAGCGGGAUAUGGACCCCCACCUCCGGGAUACGGACCCCCACCUCCAGGAUAUGAAGCCCCACCAGCGGGAUAUGGACCCCCACCUCCGGGAUACGGACCCCCACCUCCAGGAUAUGAAGCCCCACCUCAGGGAUAUGAAGCUCCACCUGCUGGAAAUAGAGUUGACUCUCACAAUCCUGAGGCAUCCCAGCCUGAUGGAUAUGAUGCUUCUCUUCCUUCCACCUCAUCUCCUCAGCACCAUUCACCACCUUCUAAGAACUAAACCCUGAAGAUUCACCAACCAAAGUAGAACCCUAAAACUGAAGUCAGGAUAAGAAGGAGGACUCAGGUAUGUGUUUAAAGACCUUUCUCAAGUAGUUGUCCCACCCUCUGGAAGGGCAGUCUUAGCGGGAAAGUGAAGCUUUACUUCCAUGCCUAGAUUUUAAAAGCAAAGUCAACUCUUGAUUAGAUGGGCUAAAGGAAAAGUAGACUGAUAAGGCUAAUUCCCCCAAUAAUUUGGUUGACAUUGGGCUGCAUUUUUAAAAAAAUAUAUGUUUUUAUUGAUUUUAGAGAGGAAUGGAGAGGGAGAGAGAGAGAAACAUCGAUUGCCUCCAGUAUGCACCUGGACAAGAAGGAAACCAGUGACCUUUCAGUGCACAGGACGAUGCUCAACCAACUGAGUCACACUAGCCAGGGCUGAGCUGCAUUUAAAAAAAAUAUAUUUUUAUUGAUUUCAGAGAGGAAGAGAGAGGGAGAGAUAGAAACAUCAAUGAUGAGAGAGAAUCAUUAAUCGGCUGCCUCCUGCACACCCCCUACUGGGGAUUAAGCCCACAAUCUGGGCAUGUGCCCUUGACCAGAAUCGAACCUGGGACCCAUGAGCAGGUGGAUGCUCUAUCCACUGAGCCAAACCAGGUAGGGCUGAGCUGCAUUUUUUUUUUAACAUAUCUUGAAUGUGACUUUUUACUUUUUCCCCUUUACCAUCCAAGAAGCAUUUAUUAUGCUCACUUUUGUAGGCACUAAGAUAAAUGUUAGAAAUAUCAAAGUUGAACACUUAUUUUUCACAGCAUUCAUUAUAUUAAUGAAAGGAUGGGACAACCUAAAUUUCUAAUAGUGACAGAAUUUCAUAAAUUAUAGUAUACCCAUACAGUGGAAUAUUAUGCAGCAUUGACAAUGAUGUCUAGAGGUAGAAAAGCCUUUAAGAAUACCAAAACCAAUGAAGCAAUCAAGGAAAACAUAAAGUAAAUAUAAUUUUGACUAUAUUGAUUUUUACUUUAAUUCUGUAUGACCAAAGUUAAAAGAUAGGCAACAGACUAGGAGAAAGUAAUUUCCAACAUAUAUAUUAAACAAAUAACUUUUACUCAGAAUAUAUGAACUCCUACAAAUCAACCCAAAAGAAAAAAUGGACAAAAGAUAUGAAUACCCUAUUAAUAGAGGCGAUAGAGUGGCUGGCCAAGAAACAUUUGAAAAGGUGUUUGUUCUACUGAACUAGUGUCAGGGAAGUGCAACUUGAAAAGAGAAUACUUUUUUAUUUCCAAAGAUUUACAAAUAUUAAAAAGAUUGAAAAACUUAAGUGUUGGGAAAGAUGUGGGAAAUGGUUAUUGUUAUAAAUUGUUAGAGGAAGUUUUUGUCAAUAUGCCUUUUUUAAUUAUUAUGUUUUAAAUAUAUUUUUAUUGAUUUCAGAGAGGAAGGGGGAGAAAUAAAAACACCAAUGAUGAGAGAGAAUCAUUGAUAGGCUGCCUCCUGCACACCCCUCACCAGGGAUGGAACCCACAAUCUGGGCAUGUGCCCUGACGGAAAUCGAACCGUGACCUCCUGGUUCAUAAGUCAACACUCAACCACUGACCCAUGUCGGUUGGGCUCAGUAUGCCUUUUUAGAAAGAAAUUCAGCAGUGCCUUUUAUUAUUUUCCAAUCCUCACCUGAGGAUAUGUUUUUUGAGAGAGAGAGAGAGAGAGAGAGAAAGAGAAACAUCAAUAUAAGGGAGAAACAUUGAUCAGUUGCCUCCUAUAUGCACCCAACUGGGGAAUGAACAAGCAACUUAGUGAUGUGCCCUGACUGGAAAUCGAGCCCACAACCUUUUGGUGUAUGGGAUGAUGCUCCAACUGACUGAGGCAUGCCCCCCGCCCCCACUAGGGCCAGCAGUAUCCUUUAAAAGUUA